AAGAUCGCCCACAUAUAGAGCCCAGGCUGUACACAGCCGGACUGCGAGUAGAAGCUCAUGUGAUCCAAGUGUAAUCUGUGCAGGCAAAGCAUAACAGCUAAGGCUGCACGGAAGAGUAGUAGAUGAUUACAUAAGUCAGAGGAUGAAUUCUUCUGUGUUAAAGUUUAUAUGGGCGGCAGCCUCUUUGCUAUGCUUGAGUGCAGCUCAUUUUGUCAGAAGCGAAACAAAGCCGAACAUUGUUAUUAUGCUCAUGGAUGACAUGGGUUGGGGUGACUUAGGUGUACUUGGUCAGCCAGCAAAAGAGACACCAAACCUUGAUAAGAUGGCUGCUGAUGGAAUGCUCUUUACAGAUUUCUAUAGUGCAAAUCCUCUUUGUUCUCCUUCUCGUGCUGCAUUACUCACUGGACGACUUCCUAUUCGAAAUGGAUUCUAUACAACUAAUGCUCAUGCUCGAAAUGGGUAUACACCACAGAACAUUGUUGGUGGAAUACAAGAUAAUGAAGAUCUGUUACCUGAGUUACUUAAAUCAGAAGGAUACUACAGUAAAAUAGUGGGCAAAUGGCACCUUGGCCAACAGCCACAGUACUUGCCACUAAAGCAUGGAUUUGAUGAAUGGUUUGGUGCUCCAAAUUGUCAUUUUGGUCCAUAUGACAAUAAAAAAACUCCAAACAUUCCAGUAUACAAGGAUGGCAAAAUGGUUGGCAGGUAUUAUCAGCAAUUUCCCAUUAACAGAAAGACUGGAGAAUCCAACUUAACUCAAAUAUACACUGAGGAAGCCCUUGAUUUUAUUGAAUUACAAUCUAAAGUUAAGAGGCCAUUUUUCUUGUAUUGGGCCCCAGAUGCUACCCAUGGUCCAGUGUAUGCCUCGUCAAAAUUCCUUGGAAAUAGCCAAAGAGGACUGUAUGGAGAUGCUGUACGAGAACUGGACGACAGUGUCGGAAGGAUUCUACGCAAACUGGAAGAUUUAGGAAUAUCUAAAAAUACAUUUGUGUUCUUUUCAUCUGAUAAUGGAGCUGCUAUGUACUCAAAAGAUCGAGGUGGCAGCAACGGUCCGUUUCUUUGUGGCAAGGAGACAACGUUCGAGGGUGGAAUGAGAGAACCGUCCAUAGCCUGGUGGCCAGGCAAGAUAGAAGCAGGCCAGGUUAGUCACCAGCUGGGCACACUAAUGGAUCUGUUUACAACAGCGUUAUCGCUAGCGGGAGCAAAGUCUCAGGCUAAGAAAUUGAUCGACGGAAUUGAUCUCAGCCAGGUUCUUUUUAAUCAGAGCGUUACAGCAAGACCUGUUUUUUUCUACCGUGGUAAUGAGAUGAUGGCAAUCAGAUAUGGCUUGUACAAGGCCCAUUAUUGGACUUGGUCUAAUAGCUGGGAAGAAUUCCAUGAAGGGGUCGACUUCUGUCCCGGUGAGAACGUGACAGGUGUUACAACUCAUGAACAAAUGAACUAUACAGCCUCUCCUGUUCUGUUUCAUUUGGGAAGAGACCCAGGGGAGAAAUAUCCCAUCAGAUCCACUGAGCAGGAAUACAAGGAUGUCAUGAUAACCAUAAGAAAACUGGUUUCAGUGCACAAGUCUAGUUUAGUGCCUGGCGAACCUCAGUUUAACCUCUGUGAUGAAGCUGUAAUGAACUGGGCGCCACCCGGAUGUGAGGAGAUCGACGAAUGCUAUAAAGGUCCAACAUCACAUCCCUACAAAUGCCCUUGGCCUCACUAAAUGGAAUACUAGUCCUUUUAUUUUUUUAGUUGGAAUUCAUGGAAGACAUCAUAUUUACGUAUUUUCCUACUUGUCAAAUUAUGCAAAUGAAGAAUUACAUGGCAGAUGAUUCUAAAAAUUUUCUUCGAAGAUGGAUAUUUUGAAUAAUACCGGAAUGGAAGAAUACUUAAUGACUCUUGAUUCACUGAUAGAUGUGGGCUCUCAUUCCCUCUCCGUCGAGAGCUUCAAGUUUAAAGUAAGCCUAACCCCUUCCCUCCCACCUUCUGGGCCAUUUAGAUAGUAUUCAGUAUAUUCGUUAUGAACAAGGAUUAAGAAGAAAAAGAGAAAAUAAAAACGGGUUGAAAACAG